AUGGAGAUGGAGGAACUCAAGCAGAAGAGAUGGACUAACGACAAGGAGGCUGUACGAGCAAUCAAAGAUGUCACACUAGCACAAGGGAAGUCACGAUUUCGAUCCAAGAAUCAACCAGGAGACUGGCAUGUGACGGGAGGCAACCUCGAUCACCAAAACUGUGUCAGUGUGGCUAAGCCAUCACGAAUCCAGUUAGUCAACAAUCCUGUGCGCUCUCGUCGCACAGCUUCAACACCAAAAGAAGAUAACAGCGUCACAGCACGUGAUGUAUCGCGCCAAGGACUGUGUGAUGGCAGAGCUUCACGAUGGAGACCGCUGAACAUUCGCCUCUUGCCCAGUCUGUUGGCAGAAUUUCAGCAUCUGAAUACUGGAGUGUUGACGGAGGUUCAGUGUGACGAACGCGGGCGAUUCAGACGUGCGAUUGUUUUGCAUAGUCCCUCAUGGUUCACCAAUGGCCCUGGUGUUUACGGAGUGGAUGCAGCGCAUAUUAAACACCGCAAGUACAAAGGUGUUCAGAUCGUGAUGGUCGGUCGCGAUGGUAAUCUUACCGACAAGAUUGUUGCUGUGGCACUAGCUCCAGUCAAAAACUAUGACAGCUACCUGUGGUUCUUCAGUAAAAUACUACAUCAUGGCUUUCCGCUGACUGAAUGCCCAGUCUUUAGCGAUCGCAACGUCAGUCUGGUUUCGGUCGCGGAAUCACUCGGGAUCUUCAUCAUGUUUUGCGUUCGUCACAUCAUCGGAAAUAUGAGAACUGAUAAGACAGUCAGACUAACCGUGACUCAAGAGCAAUUGUGCCAUACUUGCAAGCAAGUGGACACUUCAACCCAAGUCAACACUACACCCUUGUAUGGCUGGCGGACGACGAACUUCGUGGAAAGCAAACAAGCGAUGAGUCUUCGCCUUAAGCCACGGAAAAUGCAACCAUACAAGAUUUUCAAGUCAUAUCUGACAAUUUUCAUGGGUGAGGCGUACAACCGGGUCCGACUAGGUCAGUUGUGGGUGAAUGCGGAGCGUAAGCUGACGCCGCGUGCAGAACAUGACGUUGCAUUCACUGCCAGAAUCAGUAACCCGAUGAAGCAGCGUCGCGUUGAGAUGAAAAAUCGACGUGUUCAUGCGUGUCGCCAUCUAAUUGCGACUCUUCUCGAGUGCAACAUGGCCCAGUCGGCGUAUGAGUUGAUGGGUGAAUGCUACAGGGUGGCCUUGUACCAAGAAAAUCUCGGGAAAGUAGAGAUCCCUCAGGAUGAUUUGCUUACAGCCGACCUUAGUAUCUCCCCAGCCGCGUAUGUUCGACAAGCAGGUCGUCCAAGGAAACGACGCAUCAGAUCCUAUGAUGAGGUUGGCGGAAAGGCGAGGAAGCCAUACAAGUGCACCAUUUCUGGGGUGCUCGACCACAACAGGGCAACAUGCCGAUUAGCAGCUUAG